CAAAGUGAUACAAGGCUGCCUUUAAUGGGCAGGGGAAAUUGCAUUAAUUUUGUGCUAUUCCCGACCCAACAUACAGGUAUGUCCUUACCCAAACAAUUCUGCAAUCACAUUUAAGUGGAAAGAUGAAGUGGAUUGUCUCGUUGCUUUUGUCGCUUGGACGAUUAAUAAGUGUCCAUAGCGAUUUACUUCCUCGAACAAACUCCUCGAAUCUCUGUUCACGUAUUCCGAUACAAUCAUGCCUUCAUCAGUUCAAUAACCCCCACGGCAUAGAUCGGAAUUCUCAAACGUGUAAUGUGGAGGUGGCCAACAAUACCCAUCUUCACCGUUGUGAUAAUCAAAAUUGGGAUUAUGACAAAGUCUGCCAAUCUCAUGACGGAUGUGGUGUACAACUUGAAGUGUACAGACAUAUGCCUUCUGAAUCUCUCCCCUUGUACAGAACAGCAUUCAAUCUCACUUUGUCCAAUAUUUCACCUGGCAAAAUUAACCUCCGGUUCCGUGAGACCCUGAUUGGAAAUUUUUCCUUUUGCAUUAAUGUUACAACAAGUCUAACCAUUGCACAGCCUUUUGAGUCUUUGUGGUAUGAUUGUGUCUUUCACAGUCGAAAAUUUGAGGGUCACCCGUUUCAGUUGGAAUUCAUCAACAAUAACAGAUAUGGACUCUAUUUGUUUGACAUUCCCACAGAAAAGGAUAUCAGGAAUGGCAGAGGCUUUUUGUAUGUCCACAUGCAUCAUAGCCCAAAUAUUAUUAUCACUUUUCAAAAAACGUCUGAGCUACAUCUCAGCUCCUCCUACGUGGUUGUUGUUUGUCAAUGGCUCCAAGACAGUUGCCAUGUUACACUCCACCAUUUGGUUGAUUUAAAGAAUGCUUCAACGUUUUCCAACAGGUUUAAGGACUUGGUUACAGUUUCUUUGGGAAAGUUGUCCUUGUCUGGUAAUUUUAGCAUCCAAGUUGAGGAUCCUGAUUGCAAGAAUGAAACUGAAAAUUGUUACCAAGCAAAAUCAACCUUUUUUAUGAUUCAAGAUAUCCAAGAGAGCUACAUAGUGUUUUUACCCGCCCUUGGAAUUUUGGCUUUUGUUACGUUUUGUGCGACAAUGGGUUACCGCAACAGAAUCAAACGAAUCGUCUCAGGACUACGCAGUCCCGCGACAGAGCGUAAAACGAUCCUGUUGGUGCACGAUUCUGCCACAAGCGAUUGCUGUUGGAUAGAGGCUGUGCGAAUGUUUCUGCAAAACUGGGGUGGUUUCGACGUCUUGAUAGAUUUCAUCGAAAUCCCACGCAGUCAGCAUAAAGAUCCGCUAAUCUGGUACUCUGAAGCCAUGGAGACGGUAGACGCAGUAGCUGUCGUAGCGCCCCCUGCCGACGUCUCAUCUUUGUCGGAUCAGCGGCCAGCCAUUUACCAUCACACUUUCGAUUUGGCCCUCGAAUUGGUAGCCAUGCGCAUCAGCCGACGCUUGAAGCUCAAGCAGCGAAAAGUCCUGCAGCACUUCGUUGUAUUGGAAACAAGCGGCAGCGUUGUACCGGAUGCAUGCUCAUCGUUUGCCCGAUUCCGCGUCCCUGCAGAGCUACCCAAUCUAAUAAGCUACGUCGGUCGGGACAGUGAUGAGAACAAUAGCCUGAAGGCUUUUUUAGCCGAUUGUCUUCCGGAGCGCUGCACCCGCAGCAAAGAAUCAGCCGCGAUAGACUCAUUCCAUGUGUUCUAUCAGCAUGUGCAACAAAGCAGUAAGUCACCAGAUGGGCAGGUUCGUGACUCUUCCAUCGUCGACGAUGCGAAUCACGUCGCCGAACAUUCGGCCCUGCUUGAAACGACGAACGAAGAUCGUGACCGGAGGCGCGAACAGCUCGAUCGUGAAUUCGGUUCCGGUAUUGCAAGCUUGACUACAUUGACGACUCUCGGUUGAGCAUUCGUGCAGAAUCGACAUACGAAAAAAAGGGGGGAACUGUUCCAUUCCUAAAACAAAACAAAAUUUAACUACUCUCGAACAAGAGAGGUGAUUUCAAACUGUUUCAUUCCUGAAUGAAAAAGAUGAACUUAGUUUUUCUUUUUCUGGACCAAAAUAGCACACACAAUGAAUCUCGUUUAUUGUCUGGGGUGUCAUUUGCACACUAUUGCAUUUAUAAACAAACCAAAAUCAAAAUCAAAAUGGGGAAUGAUAUAUAGGUUGUGAAUAUAGCAUAUUAUUUUAGAUGGGAAUCUUGUUUACUCUGUUCGCAUUUUUUUUUUUGUUGGCAUGGUUGCGUUCUUCUUUUGUUUUGUCUCGGGAAAUUAGAAAUCCUGUUCUCCAUUUUUUUCCAUUUGGAAUCAUUUAGUUGUGGCCCGAGUUAUUUCUGUGAAUGACGUGAAAUCUUUAGAUUAACCGAAUUCUUCCCUCCCCCCGGGUUAUGUGUCAUAGAUAAAUCAUGUAAUAAUAGUAAUAAUACAUCUGUUCAAGUUC